GCGAGAACGCCCUGGGUAAUUAUAGCCGACGAACGCCUCGAUCAAUUCGUACUUGGAGAAUAGGAGUUGCACGCUACAUUGAAAGUCAGUAUGGAACAGCCACCUGAACACAUCGCGGCUAACCAGAGCCAAAAGCCAGACCACAUUGCGGAAGCGCCUCCAGCAGCUGGUUAUCCAACUCCACAAUCACCGCCACAAAACCAACCAGUAUUCGUUCAACCACAACAAGGGUAUGGCCAGCCGCAAUCAGGGAUGGUCGCCCAACCAGGCGUAGCGUUUAAGGCAGCACCCGCGAGUACACCAACAGUCAUCCCCUCUAUCGGCCUUCCCAGCAUCGCUCUAAGAUCGUUCAUCACCGGCGUCGGAUUGCUCCUUGUUGGAUUUGCCUACUUCGUGCUUGGCUGCAUCUGUCGGAUGAGCCCCGACCUAGCGGCGGAAGGAAUCAUCAUAGGACUUCUGAACAUGGCCUCGGGUGUUGCCGGAAUAAUGAUGAAGUUUAAGCUGCUGAAGCUCGAAACCGUUGACAGCUUGAUCAACUAUACGUGGGUUUUCAUCUGUUUUGGUGCGAUUAGUCUUGCCACAGCGUUCGGUGCAUUUAGGUUCGUUUUAGGCAGGGCGAUUAUUGCUGGGAGUUACUACAACAGUCUUGCCAGGGAUUAUGGUUAUGAUGCCGCUAAUUUUGCCCUUGGAACAGCUGCUUCGGCCACCAUUUUUGUUUUCAUCAUCCUGGUGUUCUCGAUCUUGAUGUUGACCUGCUCUGGAAGCAUUCGAAACCGCCUCAAAGAGGCCCUUUCUUCUGGAGCUAUCAUUCAUUAGACCUGCGAUUAGGCAGCGAAUAGGCAGGUCUGGCAUCGCUACGAAGGGCAAUGACGAACGACGAAGUGCGAAAAAUGUAAAUGCAUUGUAAAUGCAUUGACGACUUAAAAACAGAUUUCUCGUACAACUAACUAUAGAAGACAUGUUCGUCGCAUCAUGCGAUCAUGAUCAGAGGAAACAGCGACAAAAAUCGCUCGUUGCGUCGGGGCGAUUAACAGGAACGUCGGGGGUUAUUAAAAAUCGAUCAUUCCCAUACCAGAUGCGCCCACCAUACAGACGCCUGCUCCACCAUAUUGUUGACGAGAACUAAGCUGGAUCAUUUGAUUGGAGUUAGGUAAAUAAACCUAAUGAAAAUCAAUACUUUCUGUACACUAAUUGUUGUUUUUGCUACAUUUUCUGAAAUAAUGAAGUCUGUGUAUCUCUCAAAAAUAAAC